UUACACAGGACUGAAAUGUAGGACAAAUACAACUAGUUACAAUGAUUCUUCGUUCUACUUUGUGGGACUUUUCUGUAAAACAUCCUAAGAAACCACAUUUCACCUUCAGUGAGGAAGAUAUUAAACGAGCUCGCCUGUCUGCCAAAACCAGUUUUGAUGUGGAGAAUGGCCCCUCUCCAGGCCGGAGCCCAUUGGAACCUCAAGCCAGCCCUGGAUCAGGACUUGUAAUGCACACUAAUUUUCCAGGCCAUAGUCAGCGACGGGAAUCCUUUCUCUAUCGGUCAGACAGUGAUUAUGAAUUGUCACCAAAAUCUAUGUCCAGGAAUUCAUCAAUUACAAGCGAAAUACAUGGAGAUGAUUUGAUAGUCACACCAUUUGCACAGGUACUGGCCAGCUUGCGGAGUGUGAGAAGCAAUUUCUCAGUACUAACAAAUGUUUAUGGAGCACCAAGCAAAAGAUCCCCUGCAACAAGUCAACCGCCUCUUACAAGAAUCAGCCUAACAGAAGAAUCCCACCAAAAGUUAGCCAUGGAGACUCUGGAAGAAUUAGAUUGGUGUUUGGAUCAACUUGAGACAAUACAAACCUACCGGUCAGUCAGCGAGAUGGCUUCGAACAAGUUCAAAAGAAUGCUGAAUCGAGAGCUCACCCAUCUCUCAGAAAUGAGUCGCUCAGGCAACCAAGUAUCCGAGUUCAUUUCCAAUACCUUUAUGGACAAGCAGAAUGACGUGGAGAUGCCAUCCCCCACGCAGAAGGACCGAGACAAGAAGAAAAAGCAACAGCUCAUGACACAGAUUAGCGGAGUGAAAAAACUGAUGCACAGUUCCAGCCUCACACACUCAAGCAUCCCUCGAUUCGCUGUGAAAACUGAUAUGGAAGAUUGCCUUUCCAAGGAGCUCGAUGACCUGAAUAAAUGGGGACUUAACAUAUUUAAAGUGGCAGAGUUUUCAAACAAUCGACCGCUCACCUGCAUUAUGUACACCAUCUUUCAGGAGAGGGAUCUGCUGAAGACAUUCCAGAUCCCCGUGGACACAUUUGUCACAUACAUCAUGACACUGGAAGACCACUACCACGGCGAUGUCGCUUAUCACAACAGUCUCCAUGCUGCUGAUGUUGCACAGUCUACGCACAUUCUUCUUUCAACGCCAGCUCUCGACGCUGUGUUCACAGAUCUUGAGAUUCUUGCUGCAAUUUUUGCAGCUGCAAUCCAUGAUGCAGAUCACCCUGGUGUCUCCAAUCAAUUUUUAAUUAACACCAAUUCCGAGUUAGCACUGAUGUACAACGAUGAGUCUGUGUUAGAAAACCACCAUCUGGCUGUAGGAUUUAAACUGCUACAGGAAGACUCCUGUGACAUCUUUCAGAAUCUCACCAAAAAACAGCGGCAGAUGCUAAGGAAAAUGGUUAUUGAGAUCGUGUUAGCCACUGACAUGUCAAAACAUAUGACUUUACUAGCAGACCUCAAGACCAUGGUGGAAACAAAGAAAGUGACGAGUUCUGGUGUUUUGCAACUUGAUAAUUAUACAGAUAGAAUACAGGUUCUGCGUAACAUGGUACACUGUGCUGAUCUGAGCAAUCCCACAAAGUCGCUUGAGCUGUACAGACAAUGGACGGAUCGAAUCAUGGAUGAAUUCUUUCACCAGGGAGACAAAGAACGUGAGCGGGGCAUGGAAAUAAGCCCAAUGUGUGAUAAACACACUGCAAUCAUUGAAAAAUCACAGGUUGGAUUCAUUGAUUAUAUUGUACAUCCAUUAUGGGAAACAUGGGCCGACCUCGUUCAUCCCGAUGCACAGGAUAUUCUGGACACAUUAGAGGACAAUAGGAAUUGGUAUCAGAGCAUGAUUCCCCAGAGCCCAUCCCCUUCCCCCGAUGAACAAGAGAAAGAAGGACAUUGUUCCACGGAAAAAUUCCAAUUUGAGCUCACGCUGGAAGAAGAUGAGGAUUCCGAAGGAACUGAGAAGGAGGAAACUAGUCUGGGCGAAGAGGACAGUAGCUGUCAGAGUUGUGAAACAAAAAUAUUUGUUGCACUGGAGUCUGAAAACCAGGAAACUGAGGCGGAGGAAACGCAACUAGAUCCUCUCACUGAAGACACAUCACCAGCAGAUACGUAAAUUUUCUCCAGAAGUGGACCGAUUGUCACGAUAAUUAAUUAUCUGUUGGGGAGAAGUCUAUGAUGUGUGUUUAUAAUGCAAGAUAGACCUUUGCUGAAGAAAGUUUACCAUUGUGGUUCAGAUGAUGAACUACCUUUGAUGGCACGGUUGGAGAGACAAAGGCGGUGAAAACAUAUGGACGUUUUGAUGUAUGAACUUAAUUACAAGCAAUGUUUAUUUGAAACCGGGGGGGGCAAAAGCCACCCAACAGUGAGGGUGAACAUGCAAAUGAUGACACAACACUGAGAGAUUUUGUACUGCAAGACACUGAAACUGUAUGUCAGUCUAAACAAUAUGAAAUAGCUUUUCAUGUAGGAAAAUGGUCUCUGUUAAGUCAAUGACGUCUUAGGACUGUGUGCCUUUUGAAAAAUGUUAUUGUCCUUCCAGAAGUAUUUUAUUUAAGUGAACACAAUUUACUAAAAUCCUCACCAAACUUUUCUACAUUUGAAGAAUAGUGGCAUGAACAAAUCCAUUUAUAAUUCUCUACAACAUUAAAGUAAAUGAGAAUUAAGUCUUCCAGUUUCCAUCCUAAACAACUGCAAUAUCUUACAGUUAAUAACAAAUUGUUUAUAAAAUGUAUUCUUUGGUGCAUCUUUACUUUUAAAGUUAAAAAGGGACAAAGAGUUGCAACAUUUUUUAUGAAUUCCAAUCAGUUUAGUAGUUUAAAAACAUUUUCUUUUUUAUACCUGCCUUUUUAAAAAUAAACAUUUUUGGGAGAUUUUAAAUAGCUAUUUGUUACAGUCCUUGAAGGAGGUAAGGCAAUUUAUCAAAGUAAAUUUGAUAAUUUAAACACAAUAUCAAGUAAUUGUCCCUGUGAUAAGGUAACCGUUAUAACAGUCCCAACUAACAAUGUGUCCAAUAGUUAAGAUAAUGAGUGAGAUGUUGAAUAUCAUCAGUCAGUUUCACCUCCAGGGCAAGUUUGAAUCCAGCUCAGAAUGAUGUGUUGAAAGACUCCUUUUUUUCUGUUGGAUCCAAAGUGAGGAAACUUGGGACACUCAACUCUGGUAUGGACCUUUCAGGAAAGUUGAUCACAAAUCCAAAGAUCUGGGUCUAAUUUCAUGUUAGUUCUGAAAGCCACAUGGGUGACAUGUUAGGGGAAUGAAAAGAUUCCUAAGAUCGUGCAGAUGAGAGAAACCUUCUUGGGAUCAAGCAUGCAAAGUAACCAAAUACAUCCCCAUCGUGUCAGUUAACAUUUUGUUAAAUCAUUCAUACCACAUCCUUUAGGGAUUUGCGUCUAUUUUUCAGGAAAUGCAAGGGAAUUUUCCAAAGCAGCGGGCCUGUUUUAUGCCUGCUGAUAAAUCUUCAUAAAAUCUUUAAGGUCUAAAAUGGAAAAGAGUUACAUCUCACAAAAUUUGUGCCUCUAUUUUCGUGGGUGCAAAAGCAUAAACCCAAGAGAAAAAAUAGAGACAGUAUGCUGCUUCAAUAUUUCUGUCAAUAGAGAUAAAUAUAGACCUCAUUAGUUGGGUUUGUGUUAUAUUGGCAUCUUUCGCAUUCCUCCACAACUUUUUCAUUCUCUGCGGGAAAUAUUUUGGUAUUUAUAGAAUGCCAGUUUCCAGGUUUUCAAAGUAGGUUCAUGAUCUGAGCUGAGACUUUCACUCUGGUAAGCCACCAGUUUCAUAGCAAUCGUUGCAAUACAAACUUGCAGCUUUGAUUUGUUGAUUUGUUGACAAAACAUCUGUUAAUCCCAUCAGAUCUUUCUUUUUGCCUCUUACGUUAGUAAGAUAUGAGCUGGAAAUGUGUACACCAACAUGUAUUAACAACACUAAUAAGUUCAAACAGAUUAUUUGUGAUGUAAUUUUAAUUUAGUUACCAGGGUCAGGUAAAAGGGAAUAUUUUCACUUUUUACUCUUCACAAUAAAAAGUCCAGAUUGGGAAAAGGAUUCAGCUCUUUAAUAUCACACAUUUUCAAAAUUGCAUCUCCUUAAAAACUGGUAUUUUAGCACAUGUAUAUUGCUUGAUCCAUGAUAGCGCACAAAUCUCAAACACACACACAUUUUAUUAAUGAUAGAUAUGAUCAUCUACAAUAAAAAAAAAUAUUUUCAAAGGGAACUAUGUUUCACUGGAUAAUUGGGCAUUUAGAUAGAGAUGGCAAUGCAUAGCAAUGCCAUCCUCCCUUGUUUAUACUGCAAAACUAUGGCACCACUCCUCAUUGUUCCUAUUCAUGACAUUAAAGGUCACAGAAAUACAUUGUCUACAUGCAGGCUAAUUCUAACCAACAAUUUUAAACUAAAAUAUGGCAACAAUAGUUUGUAUUUGGAGACAUUAUGGAACAUUUAGAUAUCUUUAGGUGUAUCAUGUAGAACUAUGAGUUUGUUCAUUGAAUGCAUUGGCCUAUUAAUUUAUUCAGGUGUCUUGACAUUCCUUACCAGCUUUAUGGUUCAGUUGGGCAUCCUUUGUACAGCAUUGAAACCCAUAUUCUUAGAACACAUCCUUUUUCUAUUUAGAGAUAUGUAUUUAUACCAUGUACAUAUUGUAUAAUGUUUACUGUAAAUUAUUAAUUUAUACCUUAACAUUGCCUUUAAAGUGGUGGUGUUACCGUGUAGAAAGUUUCAGGUGUGAAUUCCCUUCUUACUUUUUUUUUAAUUAUUGUGUAAUAUUGAAUAACCUGAGCAGUGGUGAUAAAGAGACAUAUGGAACCCAGAGGUCACAGAUAUUAACGUAAAGAUUUUUCAGUUAUCUAAAGUAAUCCACCACAGAUUACAGUCUAAACCUAUUCAAUGUGCAACUAUGAAACAAUGUUGGAGAUAACUGUUGAAAAGAAAAAAUUACAAAACACAAAAAAAAAAAUUGCAGUCUGAUGUCCGUACCUUGUUAACUACGUUUUAAGCUUUUGGUCCAAAUUGUGUUAAAAAUGGUUCAACAGAUUGAAACGUCUGCAUGAAUAAUGGGUUUAUAUGUCUGUUAAACAUUGCAAUGUUUCAGGUGGCGAUUUCCUUAAUGUUUUCUGAGUCUCACACAAUGUAUGGUAUAGUAUUGUAUAUUGUGUUCAGAAACCUUUUAAGAGAUUUUUAUAUGAAGUGAUUAAACAAAA